AUGAAUAGUCAAAAAAACACUUUAUUAUGAAGUGUUCGUCUUCUUCUUGGAUGAAAAGUCAAACUUUUUGGUAAUAGUAGAUUAUAGUUAAUAGUAGCAAACAUAGUUGUUCAAAAUUACAAGUCAGAACACUAGCAAAAGAGAGGGAGAGAUGGAUAUUGGCUUGUUCAAAAUUAUUUUUGUGGUUCCUUGUUUUGCUUUGUAGAUUUCAGAAAUGGAUAUUGGCUUAGCAGUUGGUGGUGCAUUUCUCUCUUCAGCUUUGAAUGCUCUCUUUGAUAGGCUUGCUCCUCAUGGUGAUCUGCUCAAGAUGUUUCAGAAACAUAAGUACGAUGUUGGGCUUUUAGAGAAGUUGGAGGCCAUUUUGCUUGGUCUUCAGAUUUUCCUGAGUGAUGCAGAGAAUAAGCAGGCAUCAGAUCCACUCAUGGGGCAGUGGCUUAAUAAGCUUCAGAGUGCUGUGGACUCUGCUGAAAACUUAAUGGAAGAAGUCAAUUAUGAGGCUUUGAGGCUUCAGGUGGAAGGUCAUCAUCAAAAUCUUGCUGAAACAAGCAACCAGCAAGUAUUUCGACUUUUUUCAGAGGCUUUAGGUGGACGGCGCUCGAGUGAUGAUUUUUUUCUUAAUAUAAAGGAGAAGUUGGAAGGAACCAUUAAAAGUUUGGAGGAGUUGGAAAAGCAAAUUGGUCGCCUUGGCUUACAGAGGUAUUUCGGUUCAGGUAAGAAACUAGAAACUAGAACUUCAACUUCUGUGGUUGAAUCUGAUGUCUUUGGUAGGCAGCAUGAAAAGAAGGAAUUGAUUGACCGUUUAACAUCUAAGGAGGCAAGUGAAAAAAAUCUCACCGUUGUCCCUAUUGUUGGAAUGGGGGGCAUGGGCAAGACAACACUUGCUAAAGCUGCUUACAGUGAUGAGAAGGUGCAGAGCCAUUUUAAUUUGACAGCUUGGUUUUGUGUGUCUGAGCCAUAUGAUGCUUGCAGAAUAACAAAAGGGUUACUUCAAGAUAUGGGCUCAUUUGACUUAAAGGAUGACAAUAAUCUUAAUCGGUUACAAGUCAAAUUGAAGGAAAAACUAAAUGGAAAAAGGUUUCUCAUUGUUCUGGAUGAUGUGUGGAGUGACAACUACAACGAGUGGGAUGACUUGAGGAAUAUUUUUGUUCACGGAGACAUUGGAAGUAAGAUCAUUGUGACGACACGUAAAGAGAGUGUUGCCUUGAUGAUCGGUAGUGGGGCAAUCUACGUGGGGACUCUGUCUGAUGAAGACUCUUGGGCUUUAUUCAGACGACAUUCAUUAGAAAAUGGGGAUCCUAUGGGACAUGCGGAACUUGCAGAGGUCGGAAAACAAAUUGCAGCUAAGUGCAAAGGACUGCCCUUAGCUCUGAAGACGCUCGCUGGCAUGUUACGCUCCAAAUCAGAAAUUGAAGGGUGGAGACGUAUUUUGAAAAGUGAAAUAUGGGAGCUGCCAAACAAUGACAUACUACCAGCGUUGAUGUUGAGCUACAAUGAACUUCCCCCACACUUAAAGCCAUGUUUUUCCUUUUGUGCAAUAUUUCCUAAAGAUUAUCCAUUUAGGAAAGAACAAGUUAUUCAUCUGUGGAUUGCUAAUGGUCUUGUAGAACAACAGGGAGAUAAAAGAAUUCAAGAUUUAGGCAACCAAUACUUUAAUGAGUUGAGAUCAAGAUCAUUGUUCGAAAGAGUCCCAGAGUCUUCUGAAAGAGAUGGAGGGAAAUUCUUAAUGCAUGAUCUUGUCAAUGAUUUGGCCCAAACUGCAUCUUCCAAACUGUGCGUCAGGUUGGAAGAGUCCCAAGGAUCUCAUAUGUUGGAACAAAGUCGGCAUAUGUCGUAUUCAAUGGGGGAAGGUGGUGACUUUGAGAAAUUAAAACCGCUCUCUAAGUCGGAGCAGCUGAGGACAUUGCUUCCAAUCUCUAUCCAGCGCCUUUUCCACCCUAGGCUAAGCAAGAGGGUGCUGCAUAACAUACUGCCAAGUCUAAGAUCCUUAAGAGCAUUAUCAUUGUCAGGUUAUGUGAUUGUGGAGUUGCCAUAUGCUUUGUUUAUCAAAUUAAAGCUCCUCAGAUUUUUGGACCUUUCUCGGACAGAGAUUAAAAAGUUACCGGAUUCUAUCUGUGCAUUGUAUAACUUGGAGACACUUCUCCUGUCAUCUUGUGAUGAUCUUGAGGAGCUACCGCCACAGAUGGAAAAGCUAAUCAACUUGCGGCACCUUGACAUAAGCGACACUUCUCGCUUGAAGAUGCCGCUACAUCUGAGCAAGUUGAAAAGCCUCCAAGUGCUAGUGGGAGCCAAGUUUCUUCUAGGUGGUUGGAGAAUGGAAGAUUUGGGUGAAGCAUCUUACUUGUAUGAAUCUCUGUCAGUUUUAGAGUUGGAAAAUGUGGUUGAUAGAAGGGAAGCACAGAAGGCAAAGAUGAGGGAGAAGAAUAGUGUUGAGAAGUUAUACUUGAAGUGGAGUGGAAGUAUUGCCGGCAAUUCACAAACUGAAAGAGACAUACUUGAUGAGCUAUGCCCACACACAAACAUAAAAGAACUCCAAAUCUCCGGAUAUAGAGGGACGCAAUUUCCAAAUUGGCUAGCUGAUGAUUCGUUUCUUAAGCUGCUAGUACAAUUGUCUCUUAGCAACUGCAAGGACUGUUUUUCCUUGCCAGCGCUAGGACAACUUCCUUGUUUGAAAUUCCUUUCCAUUAGAAAGAUGCAUCGAAUAACAGAGGUGAUGGAAGAAUUCUAUGGUAGUUCGUCCUCCAAUAAACCUUUUAACUCUCUUGAGAAGCUUGAAUUUGCAGAGAUGCCUGAGUGGAAGCAGUGGCACGUACUAGGGAAUGGAGAGUUUCCUGCACUUCAGGACCUUUCGAUUGAAGAUUGCCCCAAGUUGGUUGGGAAGUUCCCCAAGAAUCUUUGUUCGCUGACAGAAUUGAUUAUUUCAAGAUGUCCUGAACUCAAUUUGGAGACGCCCAUCCAACUUUCAAGUCUAAAAAUCUUUAUAGUUUCUCAUUCUCCCAAGGCUGGAGUUGUCUUUGAUGAAGCUGAACAGUUUACCUCCCAACUUGAGGGAAUGAAGCAGAUUGAGGUAUUAGUUAUUAUUGAUUGCAACUCUCUUACCUCCUUGCCUAUUAGCACUCUGCCGAGUACCUUGAAGGAAAUAAGGAUAUAUGGUUGCCGGAAAUUGAAAUUGGAGGCACCAGAUCGUAGUAGGAUGAUUUCUGACAUGUUUCUGGAGGUAUUGGAUCUGGAUGAAUGUGAUUCUAUAUCAUCACCUGAGUUGGUCCCAACAGCACGCUAUCUGAGGAUAGAGAGUUGCCAAAAACUCAACUUUUGGGGUUGUGAGAAUCUGGAAAUACGUGGCACCCAGAUGACGUCAUUGUGGAUUUCCAGAUGCAAAAAUCUGAAGCGGCUGCCAGAACGUAUGCAGGAACUCCUUCCAUCUCUUAAGGAUCUGAAACUGUAUUAUUGUCCAGAAAUAGAGUCCUUUCCUCUCUAAACUAUCUAUUCACAACUGCCCAUUGCUCAAACCACUAGUAGAAUUUGAUAAGGGGGAGUACUGGCCAGAAAUUGCUCAUAUUCCUGAAAUAUAUAUCGGUGUUACAAUAUUUCAGGAGGAAUCAGAAUGUCUGUGAUGAUUAAAUAAAAAAGAUGUUCCCACAGAUGAGUUGUUAAAUCUCUGAGCUGCAUAUAUAUCAUUGACGUAAUCUCCAAUCGUGAUCGGGAAUACCUGUAAUGUUUAAUUAGAGUUAAAUCUUUUCCGUAGUUAAAUCUUGUAGAGCAGCGUGUAGCGUCUAUUGCCACUGAAGCCAAGAGAGCAUCUUCAGAUUAGCAUGAAAAUUGACAAAUAAAAGGAUUUUGGUAACAACAUGUUGUUAGCUCAGCUGGUGAAAGGAAAGUCGUGCUAACAUUCUCCAUUGAAAAAACAAUCACCUCAGUGCUUCUCUUUUGUGUGAAAUUUUUGACAAUAUUCGGGACAUUCUAGCGUGAACCUAUAGGUAAGACUCUACAGGAUCAACAACCAUAGUGCACGGAGUGUGGUAGAAUUCCUCGGUAUGGCUAUUCAGGAAUCAUGCGAUGUGGUGAAAGGCUUCCCAUUGAGGUUCCCGACCCUCCUGAUAUCCACUUGCUUGUGGAAUAGGGGGGGUGCCUUGCUAUUAAGGUGUCAAGGCGGUCGAAGGUCACAAGUGGAUGCAACCGAUGCUUUGAUAAUUCAAUUGACUCCUCACUGUCAUGCUGGCAAAAGCAGGGGUUUCGGUUGGUUUUACCUACUAUUGAAUUUUUGCUACAUUAGGCAGACGCCUUGGACAGAAUAUGCACGAAGAGAUCUGUACUGAAGUAGAUCAUCCGAACCAAUUGAGCUCUUGAUUGAGCAUGCAACAGGAACGGUCUAGUCGCCAAAUCCAACUGCCCUUGCUCGAGCCGCAAAGCGAGGUCUACGAAGCAACUGCAGUUCAGGAGGUUCAAAUCACCCAAACAUCCAAAUGAUUGGACCAAGGCGAUCAGGAUGUGCCAAUGACUUUCUUGUUACUCUGAAUACAUUUGAGCCAAUAAAAAUCAAAAGAUGACAUGAUUAUUAUUGGAUCUUCAGUAUUGAGAAAUCUGGAUUUGAGCUAUGUGUAAUUGUUUAUCAACUUUCAGUUACUCCCUC